GACUUUUCUUCUUCGCCUACCCAACAGUUGUGAGCAAGCUAACGUAGGGAGACAACACUCAGUCAUACACACAGGUUUUUUUAAGAGGAAGAGGUAAAAGCAGGUACCUUGUUUUCACCCUAACUAACAGGUGACCUGUCCUGGAUAGCAGUUAGCGUACCUGUUGGGUUUAGCAGAGAAUGUAGCUGCAGCCUUUUGGCUACACCACACAACACACGCCACCAUGGGAGAAGCUACAAAGGGCUUGCUCUCGGUCCUUCAGAAGUUGAAGGGGACCACAGAGAGUGUGGAGCUGAGGAUAGUUUUACUGGGUCUGGAUAAUGCAGGCAAGACCACCCUACUGAAGAGCCUCGCCUCAGAAGAUAUCAACACUAUCACACCCACACAGGGCUUUAACAUUAAGAGUGUGGCUUCACAUGGCAUGAAGCUGAAUGUAUGGGAUAUCGGAGGACAGAGGAAGAUCCGUCCCUUCUGGAAGAAAUACCUUGAAAAUACAGAUUUACUGAUCUAUGUCAUAGACAGUGCAGACAAGAAGCGGUUUGAGGAGACGGGACUGGAGCUGGAAGAACUGAUCGAUGAGGAGAACUUAAAGGGUGUGCCAGUGCUCAUCUUUGCCAAUAAGCAGGACCUGGCCACGGCCUCGCCCGCCAGUGAGAUCGCUGAGGGACUCAACCUGCACACGUACCGGGACCGCCAGUGGCAGAUCCAGGCCUGCUCAGCAGUGUCCGGGGAGGGAGUACAGGAUGGCAUGAACUGGAUUUGCAACAACAUUGUAAAUAAGAAGAAAUAAACUACCAGCCCUACUGUACCAAUCCUCCUUUUUACCAGAGAGAAACAUACCCACCUCUUGAAUUUUUACACUGUCUGGUUAUUUUAUUACUGCAAUGUGUAUGUGAGAUACCUUAUUUUAAAUGGUGCUCCAAUGAAAGAAUAAUAUUGGCCCUAGAAAUUGAAGGAAUGUUUUGUUUUUUAUAUUUACAAAUAUGCCCUAUGUGAAUAUGUUGUAAUAAAAUGAUCUAAUUUAAUUAAAUUAGCAUUAUGUCCAUAUCCUGUAAUUUAUGUUUUACCCCGUAUCUGGAAGCUUCCAAUGGCAAGUCUCUGUGUUUUCUUAUUUAUAAUAUUUAAAAAAUGAGAGAAUUGACAUAAACAUAUAGUCAUAUUGUUUGAGUCAGUCAGUCAGUUCGGUAAACACCAGAGUAGGUUAUGUGUAAAGUAUCUGUGUAAUGUAAAAGUAUUUGUGUUUUGAGAUUUUGAGAUUUUUUACAUUAAAAGUGUUAGUCAUA